AUGAAAUAUUAGCCCCAUUUCCAAUUUCCCAUUUGGUGUUGAGGUCCGUAGCCUUGCUCUCCAAUUUGUCACAAUGGAAGCCUUUCUGAGGUUGGUUUUGCUGUGCCUUUUAAUUUGCCUAAGCUGGGCUGAUGAUGAACCAGUGACUGUGGACUGUAAUCUUCUCAUGUUCCGGGUGUCGGUGAAAAAAAAUUUGUUUGGUGCUUGCAGUUCCUUGAAAGCUGAAGAACUGAUUCUUGGGACGGGUUGUCGAGUUAAUGGAGAGAAGCCAAAUAUAUUUGAGCUACACUAUUCUGUUACAGAGUGUGGGAUUCAGUUUGAGGCUUUUGAAACACAUGUGAUCUAUAAAAGUAAGCUCUAUUAUACUCCCGUGUGUGCCAUGUUUGGUCAUGCGUCAUGUGAAUUCCCCUUGACCUGCACAGUGUUUAGGACAACAAGCUCACGGAAGAUGGAGGAGGAGCCUGUUGCUAAUCUGCCAUCUCGGGACCACAAAGAAUCUCGUGCCCUGAGAAUGCAGGCUAGUGAAUAUGGCCCCAUCCAUUGGAGUCGAGAACUCUGUGGCAUCCUGGGGAGAUCAGGAAAAAUGUUCUCUUCAGAACAAAAGACUGACUCUUGGAGCCGGUUCUUUGUCCCUGCCUUCACUCUGAGCUCUGUACUUUGCCACCUUUUUUGCCAUGGAGAUUUUGUACCAACUGCAUCCUAAGAUAUCACCAAGGAGGCAGCCACAAGAUGGCCAAUGCCACUAUUGUGUGAGCCUCACAACCCUGGUUCCAAACAUUGGGGAGUUGGCAUUGUUUAAGCUUGCCUUGGUGAGAUCCUCACUGUGUUUUUAAAAUUCAUUUAAAGGAUAAACACGCCCAAUUCUGUCCUUAUUUUAUGAUGUCUGUACACAAGGGGGCUAUGUGCAUUUUAAAUGAAGACUUGUAUGUGCAUAUAAUACACAGAUCAUAUGUAUGUUAUAAUUAUUUGCUAAUUUAAUAAAUCAAAUGCAUAUAUCUCAU